CACGGCAAUGACAUCAGUGCUUUAAACAACUUGUUAUUCGGGAGCAAUCAGCUGCAAUUAGGUAUUAAUUAAGUAUUAUGAAAGUUGAUUAUUUAAGUGAAUUCGGCUUUCGUCUCUCCGACUAUGCUGAAAGAACUAUAUGCACUGACGCAGCCUCAGGAAAACCCGCAAUGGCUGCCAAGCGCAAAGGCGGCCUGAAGCUAAAUGCCAUCUGUGCCAAGCUGAGCCGCCAAGUCAUCUUCGACCACGGGGGAGCUGAGCAGGCACGUGCGGACAAGGGGCCACAGCAGGAGAGCAGCAACAAGGACCUGCCCCAGCCUGGGACCAAAGAGCUGGGGACAGAGUUUUCAGAUGGACUCAGCUGCGUGCAGAAGAUCGAGGAGGACAAAAGGAGGGAGGUGAUCGAGAAGUGGGUGAAUGGGGAGUACAAUGAGGAGCCCUUGCUGGGGCGAGCAGAGGGCAAGGAAUGUAAGGGCACCGAGAGCACAGAGGUGCCCCCUGAAGGGGUCUACAUGGUGCAGCCCAAGGGCUGCAGCGACGAGGAAGACAAUGGGGACGAGGCAGACGCUCUGAGGGGCUCACAGGAUGGCAACUUCUUGGAUGACAGGGAUUCAGAUGGGCCAGCAAAGGACGAUGCCUACCGGUCCUCCAGUGGCGAACCAGGCUCCAAGCUGGGGGCAGGAACCACCUCAGGGGAAGCUUCAUCACUGCGGGAUUAUGCCGCCACCACCAUGAACGAGUUCCUGGGCAUGUUCGGCUACGACGACCAGAACAUGCGGGACGAGCUGGCCCGCAAGAUCAGCUUCGACAAGCUGAACGCUGCUACCUCAGAGGCCAGCGCGGCUGCCGCCUCUCUCCCCGGCGAAGAUGCCAUGAGCAAACGAGCCCGCUUCUCCAAGUACGAGGAGUACAUCCGCAAACUGAAGGCUGGGGAGCAGCUCUCGUGGCCCAUGCACCUGGCCAAACCUGAGGAGUUGGGCUCCAAGCUGGGGAAAGAGCCGUCCUCAAUGCUGGCACAGCCCAUUCGCGUGCCAGGUCCCGAUGCCUCCAUGCUGACGGAGACCAAAGCCACUAUCCUGCCACUGCCCUCUCCCAGCAGCUCCCAGAUGCAGGGCCUGAUGUCACGAGCCUCCAAAUAUGACUUCUUCAUUCAAAAGCUGAAGACAGGUGAGAGCAUCAGGCCACAAAAUGGCAACACUUACAAGAAGGCCUCCAAGUAUGACCUAGAAAAUGUCAAGUACUUGCACCUUUUCAAGCCUGGGGAAGGAAGCCCUGAUAUGGGAGGAGCCAUCGCCUUCAAGACAGGCAAGGUAGGCCGGCCUUCCAAGUAUGAUGUGAGGAACAUUCAGAAGCUUACUCCAGUGAAAGCUCCAGUCCCCAGCCUGGCCCCUGCCUCCCUCACCAGUACCCCCAGCAGCACUCCUGUGGCCGGGCCAGAGCAGUCCAUCUCAUUGCCAUUCAACACUCCUGAGUACCUGAAAUCAACUUUCUCCAAGACAGACUCCAUCACAACUGGAACAGUCUCUACAGUAAAGAAUGGAUUACCCACUGACAAACCAGCCGUCAGCGAAGACGUAAAUAUUUACCAGAAGUACAUUGCCAGGUUCUCUGGCAGUCAGCACUGUGGACACAUACACUGCGCCUACCAGUACAGAGAGCACUACCACUGCCUCGACCCCGAGUGCAACUACCAGAGAUUCACUAGUAAACAGGAUGUGAUUCGGCAUUACAACAUGCACAAGAAACGUGAUAACUCCCUGCAGCACGGCUUCAUGCGCUUCAGCCCCCUGGACGACUGCAGCGUGUACUACCACGGCUGCCACCUGAACGGGAAGAGCACCCACUACCACUGCAUGCAGGUGGGGUGUAACAAGGUCUAUACAAGCACCUCUGAUGUGAUGACCCAUGAGAACUUUCACAAGAAGAACACGCAGCUCAUCAACGACGGGUUCCAGCGGUUCCGUGCCACGGAGGACUGUGGCACUGUGGAAUGCCAGUUCUACGGGCAGAAAACCACUCACUUCCAUUGCAGGAGACCUGGAUGUACAUUCACCUUCAAGAACAAGUGUGACAUUGAGAAGCACAAGAGCUACCACAUCAAAGAUGAUGCCUAUGCCAAGGACGGCUUCAAGAAGUUCUACAAGUACGAGGAAUGCAAGUAUGAGGGCUGUGUCUACAGCAAGGCCACCAACCACUUCCACUGCAUAAGGGCAGGCUGUGGUUUCACCUUCACCUCCACCAGCCAGAUGACUUCCCAUAAACGCAAACACGAGCGCCGGCACAUCCGGAGCUCAGGAGUGCUGGGCCUGCCUGCCUCACUCCUGGGCUCCAAGGACAACGAGCAAGAGGAGUCCAGUAACGAUGACCUUAUUGACUUCUCUGCCAUGAGCUCCAAGAACUCCAGCCUGAGUGCCUCCCCGACCAGUCAGCAGUCUUCCGUUUCUCUCAUCGUCCCAGCUGCGCCUUCCUCUGCAGCUGAGCUUGCUUCCUCACAGGCCACCAAGUCUGCCAACAGCAUGACACCAGCCACAAAGAUCUCUGGCCUGCUUUCCCAGGCUCUUCCUAGCAAUAUACCCUUGGCCCUGGCACUCUCCAACUCAGCACUUCCUGGAACAGCUGGAUCCUUCUUCCCCAUCAUCCCCAGUCGGGUCUCUACACCACUUCCUGCCAGCUCGGCUAAUCUGAUGACUGCUGGUUCUUCUGGCACCAAUCCAGCAUCGUCUGCUCCUACAGAUUCCUCCUCCCAGGCAGUUUCAGGAUCUGGUGAUCCAGUGGCUACUUCUUCGCCUGCUCCAGCAGCCUCUAUAAUGGAAAGGAUCUCUGCUAGUAAGGGAUUAAUCUCUCCUAUGAUGGCCAGGCUGGCAGCAGCUGCACUCAAGCCCUCUGUGGCACUUGAAGCAGGUAAUGGACAACCAGCACCUCCCGGACGGUUCAAUCCAGUCCAGGUGAAGCAGGAACCUGCGGAGGCCAUGGGACCCACAUCUGCCACCAGUCAGGACCCCUUGCAGGAGCACAGCUUGGACCUGAGCGUCAAGGACCACGGUAAUGAAUCAAAUGGCCACACAGUCUCAGCAAAUUCAUCUCUUUUAUCCUCGCUUAUGAAUAAGAUGUCCAAGACCAGUGCCAGCCUUGGCAACCUGCUGAACAUAAAGACAGAAGGCGAAGGCAGCCAGGCUGGGGCUGGGGAGCCAAGCCAGUACUUGGGCAAGGCAGUGAAGGCCCUUGUCCAGGAGAAGCUCUCUGAGCCGUGGAAGAUGUACCUGCGCCGGUUUGGCACCAAGGAUUUCUGUGAUGCCCAGUGUGACUUUCUCCAUAAGGUGCAUUUCCACUGUGUGGUGGAGGAGUGCGGGGCCCUCUUCAGCACCCUGGAUGGAGCCAUCAAGCACGCCAAUUUUCACUUCCGAACUGAAGGUGGAACUGUGAAAAGCAACUCUGAGUCUCCCUUCUCAACUGCUCCUGAGAAUAAGGCUUCACUGGCCCCUUCAUCACCAUCUGCUGCUUCUGCCACCAUGGCCAGUGCUCCUGCCCUUGACGUGCCCACUCCAGCUCCAGCUGCUAUGCCCUCUGCUCCCACACUACUUGCUUGGAAGCAGCUGGCUUCAACCAUACCCCAGAUGCCUCAGAUCCCAGCAUCAGUGCCUAACCUGGCAGCUUCACCCUUGGCAACGACUUCCCUGGAGAAUGCCAAGCCUCAGGUCAAACCUGGAUUUCUUCAGUUCCAGGAGAAUGAUCCCUGCUUGGCAACAGACUGCAAGUACGCCAACAAAUUCCACUUCCACUGUCUCUUUGGGAACUGCAAGUAUGUGUGCAAAACCUCUGGCAAAGCAGAAUCCCACUGCCUGGACCACAUCAACCCCAACAAUAAUCUGGUGAAUGUGCGAGACCAGUUUGCUUACUACUCCCUGCAGUGUCUCUGUCCAAACCAGCACUGUGAAUUCCGGAUGCGAGGGCAUUACCACUGUCUGCGUCCCGGCUGCUACUUCGUGACUAACAUCACCACCAAGCUGCCCUGGCACGUGAAAAAGCAUGAGAAGGCAGAGAGAAGGGCAGCCAACGGCUUCAAGUAUUUUACCAAGCGGGAAGAAUGUGGCAGACUGGGUUGCAAAUACAACCAGGUGAACAGCCACUUCCACUGCAUCCGAGAGGGCUGCCAGUUCUCCUUCCUGCUCAAGCACCAGAUGACAUCCCAUGCCAGGAAGCACAUGAGAAGGAUGCUGGGGAAGAACUUUGAUCGUGUUCCUACUCAGGUUAUUGGCCACACUCCAAGAAAUGAAAAUCUCCCCCAGGUUGGCAGCAUGGCACCCAGCCCAGCCUCAUCAGGAACCCCAGCUUCCUUUCAGGGACCCCCAAGCAUGAUGGACACUGAAACAGAAGAGUACAUGGAUUACACUGGCUGCAGCCCUGGGGGCAUCUCCUCUGAAUCUUCCAACAUGGACCGCAGCUGCUCCAGCACUCCUGUGGGCAAUGAAAGUACAUCAGCAGGGAACACCAUCACUAUGCCAACUGCCUCGGGGGCCAAAAAGCGUUUCUGGAUUAUUGAGGACAUGUCCCCGUUUGGCAAGCGCCGCAAGACCGCGUCCUCACGCAAGAUGCUGGACGAAGGGAUGAUGCUGGAGGGGUUCCGGCGCUAUGACCUCUACGAGGACUGCAAGGACUCCAGCUGCCAGUUCUCUCUCAAGGUUACCCACUACCACUGCACACGGGAGAACUGUGGCUACAAGUUCUGUGGCCGUACCCACAUGUAUAAGCACGCCCAGCACCACGACCGCGUCGACAACCUGGUAUUGGAUGAUUUCAAACGCUUCAAGUCUUCGCUGAGCUGUAACUUCCCAGACUGUCAGUUCUCUGGCAAUAGCACACACUUCCACUGUCUGCGCUGCGGCUUCCGCUGCACUGACAGCACCAAGGUGACAGCGCACCGCAAGCACCACGGCAAGCAGGACGUCAUCAGCGCCGCCGGCUUCUGCCAGUUCAGCUCCAGCGUGGACUGCGAGGUGCCUGACUGCAAGUACAAACUGAAAUGCUCCCACUUCCACUGCACCUACCCCGGCUGCAAACACACGGUGGUGGGCAUGUCUCAGAUGGACUCUCACAAGCGCAAACACGAGAAGCAGGAGCGAGGGGAGCUGCCUGCCAUCUCUCCCGGCCCCGAGGGCCUCGCCCACUCCACUCUUGAGUACGAUAUCCAGAACUCUUCCAUCAACCUGGACAGUUCGCUCAACCUCAGCACUGACAACAACAGCUCCCUCUUCUUCCUGCAGAACGCGGCGGGCGUGGGCCUCAGUGACUCCCUGGACCUCAGCAAGAAGCAGGCGGAGGCCACCGAGGGCCCGGCCCCGAGCAGAGCCGGGACCGCGCCGCCGGAGAGGAGCGCGGGGGCACCGGGCUCCAGGGACGGGGAGGACGAGGACGACUCUUCCCAAGAGGAUGAAGAGGACGAUGAGGAGGAGAUGAAUGAAGAAGAGGAGGAUGAUGAAGAGGAGGACGACGAUGACGAUGAUGAGGAGGACGAGGAGGAGGAAGACCUGAACACAGAUUCUGAAGAAUCGCUGCCGGACCCUGAAGGCCUGGCCACUAAAGAAGAUGGAGAACCAGAGGAGGGUGCUUCUUCCACAGACCAUGGCGAUGCUUCCAGGCCACAGGGCGAGCCAGCCCUCACUCCAGCCCCAGCUCCUGCCCCUGCUCCAGCUCCAGCUGCUGCCUCAGCCUCCACCACAGCUCCAGCAGCUUCUCCUUAAUCCUAGAGACAGCAACGGCAGUGGUUUGGUUUUUCUCUUACACAGAUUUACUAAGAGGACCCCGUGUAAGGCAAGAACAAAGAUGGGGAUGGCAAAUGAAAAACAAACUCUGUGCCACAAGUGAGAGAGAGGAAGGAAGGAAACCCCUGCUCCUCCCCAGGCCCCAGAAGAGAUCGGUUCGCAGCAGGACUGGUGCUGCUUCACUCCAUUCUACAGAUCCCAGAACAAGGGGGCAGGAUGCAGCAAAAAACACCCUUUCUAUGGACACGAACCCUGAGGGUACCCACUACUUUUCCUUGCUCCCUGCACGGUGCGUGGGGCCUGUGCCCAUCUGGGGACCCUUUUUUAUGGGUGGGGCUCUAUCCCCCCAAUUUUCUUUCUGGGUUUUAUUUUUCCAUGUUUUCAGUUGUACGAUAAUAAUAAUAAUCUCCACUUCUUGGAGGGGGGUGGGUGGGAACAAGAGGUAAUGAAUUUUAGAAAUAUAUAUUUGUGUGUGUGUCUCUCUAUAUAAUGUACACACACACACAUAUAUAAAAUUAAAGGAAUUGGUGUCACAAAGACAAGUAGCUCAGCUUUUGCCAGUGGGAAGGAGGGGGUGAGGAGUGUGCUCUCUCUCUCUCUCCACCCUUCCCCCUUCUUUCUCCAGCAUUAAAUGGCAUCAGACAGCCAGGGUGGGAGUGGGUAUUUAUUGUCACAUAAAUGAGGAUGCAUUAAUGAAUGAGCAGGGGUGGGAAUGGGACACUCCUCUGUUCUUCCAGAUCCUUUUGACUGUUAAUGAUAAUAAUUUUGAAUGCUAUUUAUAUUGUAAAACUUUCUCAGUCUACACUUUCUCUGUAGGACACCUCUCCUCAUCCCUGCUGUUCUGACCGUAGGGAUUUAGCUGAAGUAACCUGGGAAGAACACAGCAGGCAGUUUAAAGGGUCUGUCAGUCACACUGGAGGACUGGGGUUACUCUGCCAACCAGUUCCAUCUCAUCCCAACCCCCAGGUGCUUCCUCUCUGCGGAGGGUGAGGCGUUUUUGUGGUGCUUCAGUGUCCCCAUCUCAGGAGGCCGUGAGCUGCCCCUGCCCCGUGGCACAGCACAGGGAGCACCGAGCUCGCCCAGGAGCGUCCUGGUCACCAAAGCCGCCCUGGGAAAGGGCCCUGCUCUGCCCCAGCAGCGGGACCAGGACGGUGCCAGCUGCCAGCCCUGCUCUGAGCCCUGCGCCGCAGACACGCCGCUGUGUGACAGACACAGAUCUCAGGUGAUGCUGGCAGGGCUCUGAGCCCGCCGGGGUGUCUGCUCAGCCUGGGCCGGGCAGGGACAGCCCUGAGCCGGGCAGGGAC